UGGCGCAAUCCCGACUCAAGAGUUUCGGGUGACAGUGGAAGCGAGUAGCCACGGGAUCUAAGAAAGAGAAGACAGCGAAGACAAGAGAGCAAUUGAGGUCAGAAGAAGCCAUGGAGGGGAUGGCCUAACCAAAGAAGUGAUGCUCCAACAGCUGAAUGAAUGUGCACAAAUUCUGAGCUUUAAUCAACCUACCGAAUACCGAGGGACUCAAACCCAAGCAAACCAAAGCUUUUCUCUAUACCAAAGCGAACAGAAGCCCUUCCGUCACCUGCAGUGUCUUUCACAGUGUCAAAAAAUGAAGAGGGAUAGCACACAGGGAGAUAUGAGCGCUUGGAGGGAAAUGGACUUCGCGCUCAACUGUACCUACAUUGUACCGGAUCAGGUGUCAAACCCAAGUUUCAAUCUACCACAAGCCAUGACUUCCAUUCCACGCAAUUUAUCUUUUGAAUACAACAAAGAUAACGAGGUGAAUGGUGUGUUCAGCAAAGAGUACAUUCCUCAGGGGACUCGAUUUGGACCCCUGCAAGGAGAUAUCUACACCAAAGACAACGUCCCCAAACAGGCGAACAGAAAAUACUUCUGGAGGAUUUAUAGCAAUGGGCAUCUGCAGAACUUCAUCGAUGGCUAUGAUGUCCACAGGAGCAACUGGAUGCGUUACGUCAACCCGGCACGAUCUCUGACCGAGCAGAACCUGGUGGCGUGCCAAAAUGGUCGGGAUAUCUACUUCUACACAAUUCGGCCUGUGGAGACCAAACAGGAGUUGCUCGUGUGGUACAGCCAGGAGUUUGCCCAGAGGUUGUGCAGCCAGCAGGACAAUAGCAAACACAAAAACAUCAAUGUUGAUGAUGAGCAAGAGAACGCCAAACAGCACCUUGCUCAGCAGACGUGGCCCAAGGACAGGAUGAAGGAAGAGGUGAAAGAGGAGAGAAAGGAUGACGAAGUGGAUGUGGAGAUGUUGGGGAGAGACACCCCUCCUGAUACUCCUGAUGACCAAAUCAUGGAUUUCAGCAAAAAGAUUGAAAAAGAGGAGAAGAUCGACAGGGAUCCAGAGGAUUGUGGGUUCAUUCCAUGCCCUCAGCCUGAACAAAGAGGACUAGGCCAUGGAAUGAAUCCUCCUUACUUACCAGAACACCUCCCUGCACUAUCGUCUGAUCAACGAAAUCUUCCCCUCCACCUCCAUGGCCUCUACGGCCACAGGGAAGGGCUGGUGUCAUCUUACCCGCUUUACCCUCAAUCUAGACCCCUGCAGCCCACCUACCAGCUCCUUCCUCCCUUCACCUCACACUAUCCUCGCCUCCUCCUCCCGUCAUACUCCCCUCCAUUUCCUGGAAUGCUGCAGUCCAGAGGACCCCUCCGGUACGGCAGCUAUCUGGGCACAGAUGGAAUCCCAUAUACUCCCCUGAGCAACACUAAUCUACUCUCAAUGUCCUUGCCGUACCAGUCAUCCCCACAGGGUGGUCUGAAAGAAUUAACCCCUAAUGUGUCACCACCAAGAGGUGCCCCAGCGACACCCGAGCUCUCUCCUCUUCCCAAGCCAAUGAGCCAGCUUCCCUCACCUGAACAUACUUCCUCUGGCUGCGAGGAGGCAAUGAACCUAACAUUGGACAUUACCAAAGGCAGCUCAGGGUUCCGCAAUCGCCCUGGGCACAAAUCCUUGCCCUAUCCAUUGAGAAAGCAGAAUGGAAAAAUCAAGUAUGAAUGUAACAUCUGCUCAAAGACGUUUGGACAGCUUUCUAAUCUCAAGGUUCACCUCCGAGUGCACAGUGGUGAGAGACCUUUCCAGUGUAACUUGUGUAAAAAGAGUUUCACUCAACUGGCCCAUCUACAGAAGCAUCACCUCGUCCAUACAGGGGAGAAGCCACAUGAGUGUCAGGUGUGUCAAAAGCGCUUCAGUAGCACCAGCAACUUGAAAACUCACCUUCGACUCCACUCUGGGGAAAAACCUUACCAGUGCAAGCUGUGCAGCACCAAGUUCACUCAAUACAUCCACCUCAAACUGCACCGCCGCUUACACAGCAGCCACGACCGUCCUUACCACUGUCAGCUGUGCGCCCAGACCUUCUUCCACCGUUUCUCCCUUCGCAUCCACCAACGCAGCUGCUGCACGGCCAAUUCCGGCACACCCGUCAAUGUCCACAUGAAAGAAAUGCUAGAGCGCUUCGAUGCAAGCCAGGAGGCCGACACGCUCACGGAAACUGCAUCAGCGCCACAGGUGGAGGAGGCUGUGGAGAGAUGGCUUGCUCGUACUUUGGAAGGCGAGGGGAAGGAAGACCAGAAAGAGGCCACCUUUCUGCUGAAAGCUCUGACUGUGGCUAUUAACGCACCUGUAGGCCAAUCAGCACCGCCUGUUUCCCAACACAGCUCUCCAGCAGCCUAUCAGGAAAGAGCUAGCGUCGUCCAUCUCCACAAGCGUUCAACAGUGAAAUUGGAGGGUCAGUGAGAUACAACGGAACUAAACCUUGAAAGGAACAAAGGAGAUUUAAAGAUGGACAAUACCACAAAUAGAGAAACCAAUGUCGCCAAAAGUAGCCUCUGUUUUGACUGAAGACACAGCAGGAUUUUUUUUUUUUUUUAUAUAAAUGUGAGCAGCACCAAAAUAAGAGCAUUCCAAAGACUGGACUUAGGGACAUGAUAUUUUAUUACACAUACACAGACUCUGCUUCCUCCCAAUUAAUAUUAUAAAAAUGGAAAACGGAGGAUCUUGUUAAGCUGUGAAGUAAAUUACUUUUACUCAGGUAGAUUUUUUUUUUUGUUAACUUAUGUUUUUCAUCUGUUUAGAGAUGUUUAUUUAUUUAGCUGUUUUAUUGUUUAAUUGAGGGUAGAUUUUAAAGACUCAGGAACUGUAACAAUAAUGUCUUAGUUUAUCAUGCUUGGUUUAUUUUGCGUCAUAUGUUUUUGUGUGUCCGGCAGAUAUUACUUUCCCAUUUAUUAAUUUAUUUAUUUAUGAUGAAAAGGGUAAAAUCUGCUAUGUUUAAUUUGCAUGUUAAUGAGAAUUUGCCAAAACAUAUAUAACAACAUGGUUUUCUAGAUUCAUUUAGCAACACUAAGACAUUGUAGACCAAACCAAAUCACCAAACGAAACAAAAUAUAGCCUAAAACAGUUUUUGAUUGAUUCCAUAAAUACUGUAUACCAUUAUCUCCUACUCUAAUGCUUUCAGUCCUAACUUAUUGAUGACUCAAAGUAGAUAUCUGUAGCUUUGCAGUGUUUUUUUUUUCCCCAGGUGUUACACACAAAACUUUAUUUAAUUGUCCAAUCAAAACUGAAUCCAAAUCUUUUUUUAGGUGGUACAAAUAGAAUACAGUAGCUGAUUCUAUACAUCUGUGGUUUUUCACAUUGGCAAUAAAGAUAAGUAACAAAACAGCAGUUUACCAUCAGCAGAGAAACCAGAAAAAACAAGGCUCUGGUGGAAACCAGAGCCUUACAUUUGGGAAAUGAAACCACAAAAUUAACACUGUACGAGAUUAGACCCUGUAGUUUAUUUUUUGGAAACAGGUUUGAGAUUGUAAGAAUUUAUAUGACUGAGAUGAGACUAUUUUGAUCAUACUUUUAUACGAUGUAGCAUAAUAAAGAUAUUGUUUCUACAGUA